AAUGUUCAAAGGAUUGCGUUCUAAAAUAGAAGACGAGGCAAAUCGUCUAAAGUCAACUGUCUCUCAAUAUGGAGAGAAUAUUGCCAAUCAAGUUCGAUCAACCGCGAGCGAGGCAGGAAGUGAUAUUAGUGGAAGGGCUCGUAAAUUCAUUGACACUGCUCAACAGCUCGAUAAGGAGGGACGUGCAAGUAGUUCGAACGCUGCGCCAGCCGAAGACUUUUUGGACCAAAUCGGCAAUAAACCUUCAAGACGCCUUUCUAACGCUUCUUUGGAAAGUGGCAACGAAAGCCUUUUAAAUGCACAAGUUGUUCCCAACAGCUUGAGAUUGUCUGCCUCUCCAUUAAAUGACAUAUCUUCGGAUACAGAAAGCAAUGCUGCAGAGAAUGCAGAUUUUGAUCAAUUGGAUGAAAUGCCUCGGGAUAAGUUGAAUGCAAUAUUCCAACGUUUUCAAGCUCGUGCAGUAAAUUAUCGACAAAAAUACAAGGAAUUGUCUAGCAUCUAUCGUGAAAUUGAGAAUGAAAAUGAAAAAUAUAAAAAUUUGCUUUCUGCAACUCAAGAAAAAGCCGCUCAGCGUAUAGCUAAACUAAAAAGCGAUAGAAGUGAAUUGCAGGAGAAGUUGAAAGCAAUUGGAAGUGGAGAAAAGGUUGAUGAACAAAGUGAAAAAAUCAAGAAGCUUCAAGACCUUCUCAUUAAAUGCAAAGAUGAAAUAACCUCAAAUCGUGGCCGUAUCACUUCAUUGAACGAUGAAAAUGAACAUUUAAAGAAAGAAAAUUCAUCAUUGUCCUCAGAGAAUUCUUCUAAUGUUCAACGAGUCACUGCUGAAUGGAAGGGUCGUUUUGACCGACAAGAAGAGGAGUGGAACCGAAGGAUUUCUGAAUGUGAGGAAAAGGCUACAAUUGCGAUUGCUACUUCAAAAGCUGAAAUGCAUUCAGCACUUCAACAAAAAGACCAAGAACUUGAAAAUUGGAUUUCGAAAUUUCAUACAUUAGAAAAGAAAGAUGCGGAGGAAAAUACUCAAUUAAAAGAAAAACUUUCAAGUCUAGAAGAAGCAAUAUUGACACUGGAACAAGAAAAGGCAGACAUGGUCCAGAAAUUGUCUCAAGCUAAACAAGAAGGAGUUAAACUGGUCAAAGAAAGUGAAGAGCGCAGAUACAAUGACGCUCUCGCUGUCGAGCUUAAAAAACGGGAUGAAGAAUGGGGUGCUCGUUUGAAAGAAAUGGAAGACCAAAUGCAACUUUCUGUCGAAGAAAAUGAUAUGCAACGAAAGACAAGUCAUGCUGAUCAUGAACGUAUUACUAGCUCGUUGAAAGAACGAAUUGCUGAACUUGAAAAGAAUAACGCAAGCGUUUUACUUAAAUUGCACGAGCAUGAGGAAGAACUACAAGCAAAAACCGAGGAACUUUGUCGUUUAGCAAAAACCGAAACAAAUGAUAAUUCUUGCCAGCAACAACAAAAAAUAUUUGACGACAAACUUGCUGAAGAGAAGAAGAAAAUUGUUGCUGAAUACGAAGAAAAAAUUUUGCUUAUUGAGAAGGAAAAUCUAAAGAAUAAAGAACUUACAAUUUCUGAAUUCCAACGUGAGCACAAUGAAAAAUUAAACGAAUUGAAUGAAAAAUAUGAUAAUGAACGUGUUGAACUACAAACAAAACUUGAAGAGCUAAAAAGCAAGGAUGAAACCCGUUAUAAGGAUUUGCUUGCUACUCAACAGAGAAAAAGUGAUGAGGAAUGGAAUGUCCGUGUUAAAGAGCUCGAGGAGCAGUUAAAUCUUUCUGUCCAAGAGAAUGAUCUUCUACAAAAACAAAUAGCUGAUGAUGAGCGUAUUACAAAUGAUUUAAAAGAACGGAUUGAAAGCUUGGAAAAGACCAAUGAAAGCCUUCAAAAAUUGAUUGAACAAAAGAAAGAGGAAACACCAGAACAUUCUGAAGAACAACAAAAAAUAUUUGAAGAAAAACUUGAAGAGGAAACGAAGAAAAUUAUUGAUGAAUAUACAGAAAAGAUUGCGCUAAUUGAAAAAGAAAGCCUUAAAGCUCGUGAGGAUGUACUUAUCGAACAACGAAAAAUUUUUGAAACACAACUUGCAACCGAAAAGAAACAAAUCGUCGAUGAAUAUUCAGAAAGGAUUUCAACUUUAGAGGCUAAAGAACUUUCAGUACAGCAAAAGAUUUUUGAAGAAAAACUUUCCAAUGAGAGGAAGAGAUUAAUUAAUGAAUAUUCUCAAAAGAUUUCUUUACUUGAAAAAGAGGCCAAUGAAUCUAAACAACAGGCGCUUUCAGAACAACAGAAAAUCUUCGAUGAGAGGUCUGCAGAGGAAAGAAAGAAUAUUAUUGAGGAGUAUUCUGGAAGGAUUGCUAGUAUUGAGAAGGACGAUAUUGAAGUGAAGGAACGUUUAAUUUCUGAAGUUCGGAUUGAAAAUGAUGAGAAGUUGAAGGAAUUAACUGAGAAAUGUGAAAAGGAAUGUGACAUGCUUCGAAACAAGCUUUUAAAGAUCGAAUCGGAAAAUCUGAAAUACAAGGAGGCAGAAUCAGCAGCACAAAUUACCAUUAAAUCCUUGGAAGAACAGUUAUAUGAAUCACAAAAAACAAUUGGAAAGUUUGAAGCUGAUAUUGUACAACUUUGCCAAGAAAAUGCAACAAAAUUGACUGAGAAAGAAAAUGAAGUCGCUAAGAGAAUUGAAGAAUUUAAGAAAGAAUUUAUGGAGAAGAAGGUGACUGACGACCAAAAUUUCAAUAAAGAAAUUAUUUCAUUAAAGGAAGAAUUGGAGGAAUAUAAAAAUAAAUUCGAAGUACUUCAAGUUACAUCUAAACAAAAUGAAUUAAAUUAUAAUGAAGCAAUUGAAGCUUUAAAUCAAUUAAAAAUUUCCUUAAAGGAAAGUAAUCAAAAAUCUGAACAUUUGGCUGCUGAACUUCUUGAAGAAAAGUCUAAAUUGAGCGAUUCACAGUCUAAACAGGAUACUCAAAUAAGUGAAAUGAAAGAGGCGCUUUCUUCAUGCGAACAGUUGAAAUCGCAAUUACAAUUAGAAUUAAAGAACGCAAAGCUUGAACUUAAGAAGCAGCAACAAAAUGAAAAACUAUUGAAUGACAAAACUUCUGAGUUUGAAGAGACUAACAAAAAAUUUUCUGCUUUUAAAUCUGCCAAGCUAAAUGAAAUUGAAAAUCUCAAAAAGAGAUUAACUGAGUCUGAAGAAAUUAGAUUGAAGGAAGUUACGGAAAUCAAAAAAGAAUCUGAGAAGGCAAAACAGAAAGCAAUUGCUGAUAUGAAGUCAGAAAUAAAGCAUUUGUAUGAUAGUAUUAAUGAGAAGGAUUGUGAAUUGGCUUCAACUCAUGCUGACAUUUCUAAACUCAAUGAAGAACUAGACAAAUUACGAUCAGAAUUGGAUAAACAUAAUAAUUCUGAAAGUGGGCAUCAACAGCAAAAACAACGUUCUAAAGGUUCUUAUGAUGACGAUGGAGUUGUUGACCUUGACGAAUAUGUUGACUUGAAACGUCGAUUUAUUGAGCAGGAAGAGGAAUUAAUAAGGCUUAAAUCUAUGACAAAAAAUGGAGUUAAGAAAGACCCGCCAAAUAUCAGACGUGACAGCAAUCGAUCAUUCCAAGUGGGCGGUAGUGACCUUUUAAAUUUUGCUGAACCUACAGAAGCUGAAUAUUUACGCAAUGUACUUUACAGAUACAUGAUUGAACGUGAAUAUUUGGGCAGAGAAAGUGUGACACUUGCUAAAGUCAUCUGCACUGUUUGUAAAUUUCCACCAGAACAACGAAACUUAGUUCUUCGCCGAGAGGAGGCUCGCUGUCAACGUUGGCUCCCAGGUUCGAUACAUGCACUUAAUUUACAUCAAAGUCAAGUUAAUCAGCGUAAUCGUCUAAAUAGUUUAAAUAAUUGGAAUAUUAGUAGUUCUGCUCUUUUACAAACAAAUAAUUCUGAUAGACCUUUAUCUAAUAUUAAUGCACUCCCAUAUUCUUAAUAGAUUUUUUAAAAAUAUAUUCCUAACAAAAACUAAAGAUAUAUCAUAAAUUACAUUAAAAAUACAUAAUUGAUAUUAAGUAAUUCUAUUUUUUGUGCUGUCUUUAAAGUUUUUUUUGGUUUCUCUAUAAUAAUUGUAUACAUGUUCGUUUUCUCACUGACUUUUUUAUAUAAAUAUUUUUGUGAUUAGUAAAUGUUUGUUUAAUAUAUGUAUGAUAAUACUUUUACUACAGCUUCCAAUUUUAUAUUUUCAUGGUCAGCUUUUUC